AUGGAGCAGGGGAAUAUUCUUAUGGAAUCUAAUGCGGUCUAUCCAGUACUGCUCAUCCCUAAAAAGUGUACCACAUUGGAAACCAACUGUGAAGCAACUGAUAAUGUAUUCAUUGAGUUGAACAUAACUUCUCCUGAUAUUGAAGGGAAUGAGAUGUGUAUUUACUCAGGGUUCUGCAAUGUGAAAUUAAUAGAUAGUUAUGAUGUCCAUCAGUUAGACUCUACAGAUGAUAGUGAAAUAAGUUACAUAGAUACUACAGAACAGACUCCUCUAAUUAUUACUGAUCCUAAUAAUCAAGUGGCAGUUCCUUACAACCAAUCUCAAGUAUGGAUUGAUCCUGCGAGGAGUCCGUUUGUGUACAACCAGUAUGAUGCCAUAGAAAGACAGGAAUAUUCUAUCCAGUGUCAUCAAACUCAUACAAACCAUAUCACUGUGGAGCAACACAACACAUAUAUAACGCAGAAUGUUUACAACUACAAGGAGUCACUUAGUUAUUCUUCUGUAGAAGACUUUGAACAUAAAAAGUUUAGAAAAGUACAAACGUCUGAGAUACAGCAGAAUAAUGUUGAGGCAAAUAAUUUAAGCCUUUAUGAAGAGGAUGAGUUUGAGUGUGGAGUGUUUCUCUCCCAGUUGCCUGAGGAAAUUAUUAAUGAGAAAGAGAAUCGGGCCAGAGAGGAGCGUAAGUUCAUCGGCCUCCAAAGUGAGAAUGGAGCAUUAAAGCAACUUAUGUCAUCAGACAUCCAGUCGGCUUCAAAACAGCGUAAAACCAUCCUUUUUCUUGGGCAUGAUUCACACUGUGGCCAGACCAUACAGAAGAUAGCUGUGAAUGACCCAUCCUUGGAAUGCUCAAGUUUCAGUGAAAUUGACAAUGAAGUAGAAAUUGAUAGCACCAGACCCAAUAAGCCCCAUCAGAAAAAGUUCCAGUGUGAUAAAUGCAAGCAGAUAUUUGACCAAAUAUCCACAUUCAAAAUGCACAUGGUGGGGAACCAUAAAAUACGGGCACAUAACUCCUCUUAUGAUAUUGACUCUGCAUUAUCAAAGGACAUGAAAUUCAUGUGCACUGAAUGUGGGAAGAGCCUUAAAACUCAGGAGAAAUUCGAGAUCCAUUGCAUGGGCCAUGGUGAUCCAGAAUUAGAAUGUAAUAAAUGCCACAAAGUUUUCGCUUCAAAAUUUACUCUACGCACCCAUCGUAGAAUCCAUACUAGAAAGUACCCUUGUGGUUACUGCUCUAAGACUUACUCUGAUGCUGAAGAUUUGAGGUCACAUGCAGCUAAGAUUCACCUGAUGUUUAUGUGCGACACAUGUGACUAUGUUUCAUCAAAGUAUGUUGAUUUGGUUGUCCAUCAGGAGUUGCACAAAGGUUUAGAAUCUCAAAUCAAGGAAACUGAGAUUGAAUUGUCUGAAUCAUUCAUGGAUGACGUUUCCGAGUCUGGUAUAAUAAUAACUACUCCUGAAGAUCCAAGUCUGAGAUGGGAGCAGUAUUCGCCAAAUAACGCAAUGUCCAAAAGUGAGGAAAUAAGGAAGGCCGAUUCGGUGAUUGCAAAAGUGAUGUCAAACAAGAUGUUUCUGUUGCAUUCUAAAAAGGCUAGAAGACAUAAAAGAUAUAAUAAGACCUGCGACGUCUGUCUCAAAGUGUUCGAUCGCAUCGGAGAUCUCAAGCGCCACCUCAUCGAGCACGUGAUCCGCUGUACCCUGGCCAAGACUCCGGUCAGCGUCAACGGCACCCUCAACAUCGUCUGCGAGGUCUGCCAAGCCGAAACCUUCUCCAAAAUAGACAGGUACAAGGCCCAUUUGCGCGAACACGCCAAACUAACCCUAUACAAAUGCACGUUCUGCGACAAAUCUUUCAGCGACUCCAGCAAUUUCUCAAAACACAAAAAAAUACACGGCACCACCUAUUUGCAAUGCGAUUUGUGCCAAAGGAAAUUCAACUCUAAAAAAAUGAUCACCCAACAUAUGGAGUAUCACAAUAGAAAUACUCCAGUUAAAUGCAAGUUUUGCAACAAAAUAUUCCAUUUUGAAUCUAUGUUAAACAAGCAUAUAAAAUGUGCUCAUACUAGGGAGUUGUCAAACAGGUUCAAAUGCAGAUUUUGUAAUGAUUAUUUCAAGACUUUGAAAGAGAAGUGGGAUCAUGAAUGGAGUAUUCAUAAUGUGAGAAAAAUGAUUGUCGACUGUUUGAUUUGCGGCUCAAAGUUUAGGAAAUACUCUGAGCUGAAAAGGCACUGUUUGGACUUCCAUGAUAUGAAUAUACCUCCUGCUAAGAAAUUGUUAAAAAAUAAGAGGUACUCUACGGGCGAUUAG